UUUUGUGGGUAUAUUUCCUCUGGGUCCCUUGAUUUAUUGCAGUUUGGCUUAUAAUUUUAAAGACCCACUUCUAGUUUUUGUUCAUGGGUUUUCUGUAGCUGGUUGAACUGUUGGGUCUGUGAAGAAGCAAUGUGGAAAAGCCAUUGAUAUAGGACAAGCAUGCUCCGUUGGCUUUUUGUGGUGUCCCUUCUGUUUAUUUCUGCCAUGGGGCAGCUCCCUUCGCAGGAUAUUUUGGCGCUGCUGGAGUUCAAGAAGGGUAUCAAGCAUGAUCCCACUGGCUAUGUUCUCAAUUCUUGGAAUGACGAGUCCAUUGACUUUGAUGGCUGCCCUUCUUCUUGGAAUGGAGUCGUGUGUAAUGGCGGAAAUGUUGCCGGAGUUGUCCUUGAUAAUUUGAGUCUCUCCGCGGAUGUGGACUUGAGCGUGUUUGUGAAUCUGACGAAGCUUGUGAGACUUUCCAUGGCCAACAAUUCGAUAAUGGGGAAGUUUCCAGGCAACAUAGCUGACUUCAAAAGCCUUGAGUUUCUUGACCUGUCCAACAAUUUAUUUUCUUCACCUUUACCACCUGGGAUUGGUAGGUUAGGGAGCUUAAGGAACCUCUCAUUAGCUGGUAACAACUUCUCAGGCUCUAUUCCAGAUUCAAUUUCGGGCCUUUCCUCAGUUCAGUCAUUGGACUUAAGUCGCAACUUCUUGUCCGGGCCACUGCCAGCAGCAUUGACAAAGCUGCCUAAACUGGUGUCUCUAAAUCUGUCAUUGAACGGAUUUACCAGGCAAAUACCAAAGGGGUUUGAGCUAAUUUCAAGUCUUGACGUGCUUGACUUGCAUGGCAACAUGCUCGAUGGUAAUAUGGAUCUGGAAUUUUUGAUGCUAUCUGAGGUCACUCAUGUUGAUUUGAGUGGCAAUAUGUUUGUUAGUUCCAGUUCACAACAGCAGAAAUUUCUGCCUCGCCUUUCGGAGACUAUAAAGUACUUGAAUCUUAGCCACAAUCAGCUCAAUGGGUCCCUGGUAAGCGGCGGUGAGCUACAGAUGUUUGAAAACUUGAAGGUGUUGGAUCUCAGCUAUAACCAGUUGUCAGGGGAAUUGCCUGGAUUUAAUUUCGUGUAUGACCUCGAAGUCCUCAAGCUGAGCAACAACAGAUUUACUGGAGAUAUUCCUAAUGGUCUUUUAAAAGGUGAUUCUCUGGUUGUUAGUGAACUAGAUUUGAGCGGCAACAAUCUCUCAGGGCCAAUAAAUAUGAUUACGUCAACAAAUUUGCGUUUCCUCAAUCUCUCCUCAAAUGGGCUAACUGGUGAGUUACCCUUGCUGACCGGAAGUUGUGCUGUGCUUGAUCUAUCGAAUAACAAAUUUGAAGGAAACUUAACCAGGAUGGUGAAAUGGGGGAACAUCGAAUAUCUUGAUCUGAGUCAAAAUCGUUUGACAGGACCCAUCCCUGAUGUUACCCCACAGUUCUUGCGUUUAAAUUAUCUCAACCUCUCCCAUAACACCCUUCGUAGUUCUAUAGCAAGUGUUAUAACACAGUAUCCAAAGAUUAGUGUGCUUGAUCUCAGUUCCAAUCAUCUCGAUGGAACAAUUCUAGCCGAAUUGCUAACAAUGCCCACUUUACAAGAACUUCACCUUCGUGAUAAUCUUCUCACCGGGUCUAUUAAUAUCUCAUCUCCUGUGUCAAGUGAGUCUAAUCUUCAGGUUCUUGAUCUUUCUCAGAACCAGCUUAGUGGCUAUUUUCCUGAUCAUUUUGGUUCAUUGAAGGGACUUAAAGUAUUCAAUGUUGCUAGAAAUAAUUUUUCUGGCUCUCUUCCAACUUCAGUCACCAACAUCAGCACAUUAAGUUCAUUCGACAUAUCACAGAAUCAUUUUACAGGUCCUUUGCCGAACAACUUGCCUACUAGUCUUGAAAGUUUUAAUGCUUCAUACAAUGAUCUUUCUGGAGAUGUCCCGGAAAAUCUGAGAAAGUUUCCAAGAUCUUCCUUCUUCCCAGGGAAUGCACGUUUACAAUUUCCAAAUGGUCCUCCAGGAUCCAAUGGUACUGAAAAUGAAAGUUCAAAGAGGAGACCAAUCAGCACAAUGGUCAAAGUAAUCAUUAUAGUUUCAUGUGUGGUUGCCGUCUUCAUUCUUCUUCUGCUUGCUAUCUUCGUACACUACAUCCGCAUGUCAAGAAGAAUCCCGUCAGAGCAUACCACAAGCAAAGACAUCCACAGGCACGCUCAACCAACUCAAUCUGGUGUUCGUGGAACUUCAGCUGAGGAUCUCAUGGCUUCACAAAAAGGAUCAUCAUCUGAAAUUGUCAGCCCCGACAAAAAAGUUGCAGCUGUAGCUGGUUUUUCUCCUUCAAAGCACAGCCAUUUCUCUUGGUCACCAGAGUCUGGAGAGUCGGUCACUACAGAAAACCUUGCAAGACUGGAUGUGAGGUCGCCGGAUAAAUUGGUCGGUGAGUUGCAUUUUCUUGAUGACACAAUCGCAUUGACCCCCGAGGAGCUGUCAAGGGCUCCUGCUGAAGUUCUGGGAAGAAGUAGCCAUGGGACUUCUUACAGGGCAACACUUGAUAACGGGUUGCUCUUGACAGUGAAGUGGUUGAGAGAAGGGGUGGCGAAACAGAAAAAGGAGUUUGCUAAGGAGGCUAAAAAGUUUGCGAACAUGAGGCAUCCAAAUGUUGUAGGUUUGAAGGGGUACUAUUGGGGCCCCACACAGCAUGAGAAGCUCAUUCUUUCCGAUUAUAUCUCACCUGGAAGUCUUGCAAGCUUUCUUUAUGAUCGACCAGGAAGAAGGGGUCAACCACUGAACUGGGCCCAAAGGCUCAAAAUUGCAGUUGACGUUGCACGUGGUCUGAACUAUCUCCAUUUUGACCGUGCUGUUCCACAUGGUAACCUCAAAGCAUCAAAUAUUUUGUUGGACGGGCCAGACCUGAAUGCCCGUGUUGCUGAUUACUGCCUCCAUCGCCUCAUGACACAAGCUGGCACCAUUGAACAGAUUCUCGAUGCUGGUGUCUUGGGUUACCGUGCACCAGAGUUGGCUGCUUCCAAGAAGCCGCUUCCCUCCUUCAAGUCAGACAUUUACGCCUUUGGAGUGGUAAUGCUGGAACUCUUAACUGGAAGGUGUGCGGGCGAUGUGAUUUCAGGUGAAGGAAGUGGGGUUGAUUUGACAGACUGGGUCCGGCUGAGGGUAUCAGAAGGGCGCGGCUCUGAAUGUUUUGAUGCUGCAUUGGUGCCGGAAAUGGGAAUGCCAGCAGCAGAGAAGGGAAUGAAGGAGGUCCUUGGAAUAUCGUUACGAUGUUUAAGAAGUGUUGGGGAGAGGCCAGGUAUUAAGAACAUCUAUGAGGAUCUCUCCUCCAUAUAGUUUGAAGUUAGCUUGUUUGUGGGAGGGAAGUUUAAUAUCUCAUUGGCCUCCCUUUUUGUACGUCGUUUGGUUUUUCUAGUGUGAUCAGCUAAUUGAACUAACCACUGUGGCAAAUUGGAAAUGUAUUAUAUUUCAAGGGAUGCAAAUUUCUGUUUAGCUC